AAACUUUAUAUUUUCAUCAAAUGUUCAUCUUUUAUAUAUUCAAGGAGGAGAGUACCCACUGUAAACUUAUUUCGUAUUGCAACAACUUCGCGAACUACAAUUACAUUAAUUAUAGAAGACCCAUUCCAUUUUUUAUACUAGUUUAAAGUACACAAGUUGUACACGAAACUGAUCUAUAUUUUAGAAAAGGACCCCUUUUAGCCUUUCAGAAAUAUAACUGUGAAUAUCGUUUAAAAAAGCAAGUUUUUCUUUCCUCGACUUGCUGAGACUUCUUUUGCUUGUCUCGAAAACUACCUUUUUUAAACGAUAAUCAACGAUAUACAUACAUCAAAAGAAACCGAUAAUAUAUCGAAAUGUCAUUAAAAAUAAUCCGUUAUGCCGCGGCAGAACGGCAGAGCGGCAGAACGACAGAGCGGCAGAGAGAACGGCAAGAAUUUUGAAACGCUCCCUAAUAUAUACAGUGUAAAGAUAGGUAAACAAUGUGUUUAAUAUAAAUUAAGCUGAACAAUGUAUGUAAUGUAAAAAUUAAAUAGUGUACGUAACGUUGUCAGAAAUAGAUAUAUAAAGUGAUGGAUAAUAUAGCACCUCACUAAUCUUCCAGUCUAAACUUUAUCAAGCAUCAUGUCGAUAAAUAGAAUUUGUACAAUCAACUCAUGGCAAAACUCAUUUAUGUUAUGAAGGCUACAGUUAUUAUUGUCAUCAUACAAAUCCAGAUGAUUCAAAAUAUUGGAAAUGUGUUAAGAAAUAUUGUCGUGUUGGUGUAACCACAUAUGCAAAUGGUACAACCAAAAGAAGUGCUGAUCAUGAUCAUACACCAAAUGAAACUGAUAAAGAAGUAUUGAAUAUACGUCAAAAUUUAAAACGUAAAGUUGUUGAAUCAUCCUCACUAAUUGAUAGUACCUUGGAUGAAACAUAUGUCAAUCUUCAAAGCCCGACCUUGAGUCAAGAUCUUUUAAUUCAAUUACCAUCAAUUGCAACAAUGAAGAACAAUCUUCAGAAAGAACGUCGUAAAACAAGAGAACCACUUCCGAAGAAUAUUAAUGACUUACCAUAUCCAAUUCCACCUAACUAUCAAAAGAAUCAAAGUGGUGAACAAUUUAUAUUGUAUGAUGGCCCAAUAGCUGGUUCGCGAUGUAUUAUAUUUUCAACACCAAGUGAUAUUUUAUAUUUAUCUCAAAGCGAAAUGUGGUAUUGUGAUGGAACGUUUUAUGUGUGUCCAUCAAUAUUUUACCAAAUUUAUUCUGUCCAUGGUUAUAAUAAUGAUGGUAUUAUGGCAUCAUACGUAUUUUGUUCAUUACCUGGUAAAUCUGAAGAACUAUAUCGUGGUAUGUUUGAGAAAUUAUUUAACCAUAUGAUACAAAUGAAUUUAUGUGUACGAUUACGUCGUGUUACGAUUGAUUUUGAAUUGGCUGUUGCUAAUGUAUUCAUAAAACAUUUCCCAUAUGUUGAAGUCAAGUAUUGUUUAUUCCAUUUUGGGCAAAAUUUGUUUCGAAAAUUCCAGAAUUUAGGUACAUAUCAAAGUGCUUCUUGUAGUAUAAUAAUUCUAACAAUUGCAUCUUGUUUUAGGCUUACAGUCGGCAUACAAAAUGAUGAGCAGCUGCGUACAUGGUUUAGGUCAUUUGCUGCUGUCGCGUUAUUACCACUUACUCUUAUGAUAUUUGGUUUUAAUUACUUAAUGCAAAAUAAGCCAAAUUAUCCACAAUUAACAUCUUUUUUACAAUAUUUUCAUGAUACAUAUGUUGCAUUUAGUAGUUUUCCACCACCAACCUACAAUCAUUUCGUGAACUUUUCACCACCUACCACCAGUCAUGUUGAAGGUCGCUAUUUAAAAUGGAAAAAACGUUCUACAUCAGCUCAUCCAAAUAUUUAUUGUACAAUUGAUUUACUGCGUCAAGAACAGUCACUUGGUGCAUUCAGUAGUGUUCGAGACCAUAUGGGUGCACCACAGCCAAAACGACGUCGUAAUCAACAAAUAGCUGAAAAUUCUCUUCAAAAACUAUGGCAAAGGUUUUGUGAACAAAAACUAGAUAUGGUUUCAUUUUUAAAUGCCGCAGGAACUAGAUAUUUCAAAUAUUUAGAGGGAUAG